AUGGCAGACGAUGCAGCAGAAGCCCAAACAGGCACAUCACCCGAUGCAGUCAUCAGUGAAUUCGCUACAUACGAAGACUACCUGGACUCUCAAAUAACUCCAAUCGACCUAUUCUAUCUUGAGGACAAGGAACUAGCACGCCAACUCGUAGAACUAGGAUAUCGAGCAUCAGGGGAGCCGUUACGACGUGAUGAAUUCGAAGCGCGUCAACGAGCAGCAGAGGGUGCUAGAAUGGCGAAACGGAUGCAGGCUAAAGAGCUGGCUUCUCAUGGCGCUGGACCUGAUUACGGAGGGUCAGAGUUGAUGAAGGCGUUGGCUGAACGGGAAGCUGAUAAUCGGAAUGGGAAACUAACGACAAUUGUCUUCAUACGGACCCGUAACGCACGAAACCAAGAAAUUUCUGGAUACAUCGAUUAUGCUACACGUCUGAAAUCUGAACCAUGGGAACCUUAUUUCACAAUGCUGAGGCCACUAGUACCAAGACCGACAGAUCUAAGUUUCUUUAACUGGGAAACAAGUGUCGCUACAAGUUCAUCUACACCCAAUUUCCAAGUUGUUGCUGAUCAAGGCAAGGGAUUGCUAUUCAAGAACAAGAGAGAUAGAAAGAUUGUUAAUGUUAAUCCUCAGGAAGCACCCGGAGACAACACCACAAGAGCAGAACUUUUAACACGAGAGCAUAUACAGGUCGUCAUUUACGACCAUAUGACACGUAGAAAGUCAUGA